AUGGACCACGACAAUAAUCAUGAGUAUGGGAUUCUUAGCCCUUGGCUUGACCAGCACAUUGUUGAUGUAACUCGUAGUGCUCGGGCAGACCACCGUCCCAAAGGCUUGCUCAGUCGGAUAAAGGCACGAAAAAUGGGUCACGGUAAUGUCCUCCCAGUGACCACCGACGAGCUUGACCAGAAAGAUAUCAUUAUCGCGGUGAUGGGCCCAACGGGGGCGGGGAAGAGUUCGUUCAUCAACACUGCGACUGGAAACAAGACGGGUGUGGGUCACGAACUUGAGUCAUAUACCUCGAGUAUCCAGAUCAUAAAGUUCCGAUCCCUCGAAAUCAGUAUGCAGGACAUUAUCUUCGUUGACACGCCGGGCUUCGACGAUACCCACAAAUCAGACAUCGAAAUACUCACAAUGGUUGCCGAUUGGUUGAAAAUCACAUACGAACGCAACGUCAAGCUAGCAGGUAUCCUUUACUUCCAUCGCAUUUCCGACAACCGGAUGGCAGGAACCCCUCUCAAAAAUCUCCAUAUGUUUGAGAAGCUCUGUGGGAAGAACGCCCUCAAAAACAUCAUCCUAACAACGACGAUGUGGGACGAAGUCGAAGGAAAGACGGGCGAGCAACGGGAGGAGGAGCUAAAGAAGCAUUACUGGAAGUCCAUGAUUAGCCAGGGCUCCACGGCGAUGCGGUUCGAAAAUACUGAGCAGUCAGCUUGGAACAUCAUCGAUGCUAUUGUAAACACUCAUAACGAACGAUACGCCGUCGAGCUGCAGGAAGAGCUAGUGGACAUGAAGCAGGGCCUUCCGGAGACAAAAGCCGGACAAGAGCUCUAUGGCAAGCUUCAGGCGCUCGUCACCCGCCAGCACGAUACGCUACAGAAGAUACGGGCGUCGAUGAAACGUCACGACGAUGAAACGGUUCUCAACGCGUUGAGGGAGGAGUACGAGGAUCUUCGCAAGCAGGGUGAGGUGACUAUCCGCGACAUGGAAGCGUUGAGGAUCCCAAUCGGGAAACGUCUCCUUCGAUUCCUUACUUCUCGACUGGGUUUCCUGACAUUCAAGAGGCGAUAG